AUGGACGCACCAAACUCAUCAGGAAGAAACAUGCAUCCCCACCCAGAUCGUAGAAGAUUCUCCUCAGGUUUGGUUCUCCGGGGGUUCAAAAGUCUUGCCAGAGAUCAUGGUCCCAGCAGCUUCCAGUAUGACAACUCAAUCCAAGAACUCUAUACGCUUGAAAACAUCAACUGGAAAAGAGACCACUGGGACCGGCUACGCUCGAAUCUUCUACCCCUGAUAGAACAGCAACUGAUCACCCUUUCGCAAUUGCUAGAACCCAACCACUUGCAGAAGGAGCCCGAAUUCACAUUCAACCUGAUCGUGGGAGUCCAGUCACAACUUGUCCAGACUUUCGAUCAAAUCCGAUCUGCUAUUCUUAUCCUCUGGCCAAAACUACCAGAAGAGCUUCAAUCGAACCGAAUCAACGACCAGGAGUUCAAAGAAUUGAAACGCUUCAGAGUCCGCGGCUUGCACCGCAUGAUCACAGAAGAAGUCCUACCAGAGUUUAAUAAACUUUUUCGUUGUUCCUAUCAUCUGAUCACUGGCACCCAAGCGAGAUCUUCAUUACAGCACAAACGAAUAACAAUCUUUACAUCUUCAUCGCGGAAUGCAAUCAAGCGGACAAUCGUGUGGUUAGAAAGAUCCGAAUGCGAAUUUCUGGUGCAAAAUUACUGGCAAAAAGAUCCACUUAACUGCAACGAGCGACUCGAGCAACUCUCGAUCCUGAUCACUCGAGGCGCCUUCGACCCCCAAGAGCCGAAUGGACAGGUGCUCAACAAACGAGCCAUGGGCUUGGCUAAAUCAAUCAUACCAAUCAUCAAACUGUCCCGACUGUUCUUCAAGAAUUUGGCAAGAUGGGCAUCCAAACAGACUCAGCUGCCCUUGUUCACAGGCAUGCGUUCGGAUCAACUCGAGACUCUAUCCAAGACGCAUGAAGCAGUUGCCGACUGUCUCAACAAAUUCACUUCGUUCUUGAGCAAAGUUGUCACCGACAACCGAAGAGCGUGUAGUGGCGACUUCGCAAACAAUCUCACAACACUCGAAGCACGUUAUGAAGCUGUUUUGUUUCUUGUAUCAUUUUAUCUGAUUCCUCUGAUCCCGGAUACCGAUCGUUCUCGUGCAUAUGAUCACUUCCAGGAUUUGUUUCGACCUUGGUCUCAUCAAUUUAGCUUGGCUGUUGUGAACCUUCUAGAUGCUUCAAAGUUGAUUUAG